UUAGGAAUAUUUUUAGAAUUGUUACAAGUAAUAAGUCUUAUCUCGAAGUUCAACAAACAUAAUUAAUUUAAAUUUCGAUAAAUACGGAGCAACUUCGAUAAGCAUGGUAUUUUAAUAGCUCUGUUGCCACGGUCACUCUGUUUCUCUGGCAAAACAAAACAACAAAUUCGAAAUGGGCGACGCUGUUGACAAAAUGUUGGCGGGAAUGGCUGCCAGUCGGCAGACCAUGAACAGACAGUUGGCCAAGAUAGACGAGAUAAUGGAGCGAUCGAACAACACACUGCUCCACAUCGAGUCCAACAGCAAGAACUUAUGUCCCGCGGAGUCCCAAAAGGUGUACAACAUAUCGCCGAAGUGUGAGCUGGCCCUGUCCAAGAUUCUGGAGAACUUCAAGCUGCUCAUGCGCAGCAGCGACCAGCGGGAGGAGGCCUGCAGCGCCCUGGAGGGCUGUCUGGCCUAUCGGCAUCGCGUGGAACACCUCGGCAGCUCCGUCCGCAAGCUGGUGGCCCUCUACGAAACCGUUGGCCAGAUGAGAAACCUCCAGGAGGAUCAGGAUGCUAGCGAGGAUUCGCCUUAAGAUGAAGAUUAAUAGUAGGAUACGCAUAUAAUUCCAUAACUUCAGUUGGUUACAUUUAAUGUCUGUUAAAUAUUAAAGAAUCCUGUUUCCCAUGAGUUACUUUAUUGCCCGGAAUUGUUCAACAACCGUGCAUACUUUGUAGUAAUUCUAUGAUAAAUAUUGUAAGUCUCAAUUUAGUCGGGAAUUGUAUGGUUAGUGGUAAGAUCAACGAAAUUAUAUAAAUUUGUCGAAA